GGCACGCAUGGAGGCCGCUGCAGAGCGCCACGAGGCGAGCAGUCGAGUGUUCCCUAGAGUCCCCGUCUCUCCGCCACCGCCUGCAACCGCUUCACGUUCCCUAAUCCUUCGCAGCUCCCCUUUCCGACCCCAAAUGGAAACCAAGAAGUCCUCUGCUCAGCACCAGCCCCGCGCCAUGGAGCCUAAAAAACCCUCUCCCCGCGGCGCCGGGGCCGCGGCCGCCGCGACCACCGAAGCCGAGUCCCCGUUGACCAGCCUGUUCUACCCACCGGCGCACGGGGCAAAUGGGAAAGAUAAGGACCUGUACAGCAUCCUCUACAAAGAGCAGAGCGGGAGUGCACAAGCUGACAUGACAGGUAAUGGUAAAACCCAGUGGACUCCUUCCAAAAGUCAUACCGCAUACGCCAAGGAUAGUAAACAUUCACAGCCAUAUGAUCCAGUUGAUACGUCUUGUUUUGGAUCGUCUGUGCAUUAUGGUGGCCGAGAUUAUUUCUACGGCAGCUCUACAACCAAGCAAGCCACAAAAUCCUCCAAUGAUUACAAGGUGGACAAGAAGGAUCCAGCCACAGAUUCUCAUGGCGAUUGGUGGCAAGGCUCAUUUUACUACUAAGUGGAUUUGGUGGCCUGUCCCUUGAGAACAAGGUUCUUUAUGGCAGGAGCUAAGAGGGGAGGGAGUGAGCCUUGUUAACUAGACUAGACUGUUGGUAGUAGUAUCAAUUACCUGCAUCAUAGUGGACCCGCUUUCGUCCAAUGGUGGUACCAGUAUUUAGAAGCACCAUCACACCUGGGCAGAUGCAGUGUGUGUCUUUACUUUUCCUUUCAUAGUUUCUUGUUUAGAUGUGCAAUGUAAUGAAUAUCUAGCACAGUAAGAGUUAGGUUGCAUAAAAGGGUCCCUGUCCAUUCUGCCAGUAAUAUGGGCGGUUUGGCAUCUGACACCUUAGAGUCAUGUCUAUGUUGCAUGUACAAUUGGAUCGUCGCUCCAAUGCAAAAAUGCUGGAGAAGCGGCGAUCGCUUCACAUUGUAUACCUUCACCGCUGGAAUUUGACAGAAGGUUGGAAA